AUGAAGCUGACGCCAAAGGUGCAGGCUCUGCAUGGCGCCGCUCCGGGCGCCCUCCGCGAGGCGCGGGCUGCAGAGGGCUCCCGCGAGGGCGGCGCCGGACGUUUUGAGGGCUCCAGACAGGGCGCCGCCGUGGUCCGUGAGGCGGAGAACUUCCCCCUGCCAGAGAUCCUGGCCCUCACACGCUCGAUCACUGGCUUUGGCCGCUCCUCGCGCUGGCAGGAGGCGUUGCAGAAGUUCGCGGAGUUCAGGCAACAAAGCCUUGAGUACGACGACGUGGCCCUGAACGCUGCCCUGAGCGCUUGCAGCAAGGGUGCAGCUUGGCUUCGGGCACUUCUUCUUUUUGCCGAGGCGCGCACGGAAGAGCUUCCGCCCACGGACGUGACCCACAACACGGUGCUCGGCGCUUUGGAGAAAGGCGCCGGAUGGCCCGAGGUCCUCAGCCUGUUGGGUGCCCUGGUGCUGGCCACACUCCGGCCGGACGCCUUCUCCCGCAGCGCCGUCAUCAGCGGCUUUGGAAAGGCCGGGCAGUGGCCGAAGGCCCGGCAGCUCCUGGCUGCCUCCCUCGCGCUGGGCGCGGCCCCGGCCGUGGUCCCCUGCAACGGCGCGCUGAGCGCCUGCGCCCGGGCGGCCUCCUGGGAGGAGGCCCUGGACUUCUUCGAUGCUGCGCCGCAGCCGGACGUGAUCUCCUGGAACGCACUGCUCACCGCAAGCGCCCGUGCCGAGCUUUGGCUCCGAGCCUCGGCCCUUUUGGCGCACAUCGCUGCCUUUCGUGUUCCGGCCACCGCAGUGAGCCACAAUGCAGCCAUGUCUGCAUCACAGAGGUCAGGAGCCUGGCAGCUCGCAGUGCAGCAGUUGAUGGCUUUCCAGAGCACACUGCUGAAGCGGAGCGAGGUGUCGUAUGGGUCAUCCAUCAGCGCCUGCCGCCCUUCUGGCCAGUGGCAAGAGGCCUGGGUGCUCCUGAGCACCGCCGCCGCCGCAGCUUUGCGCUGCUCUGCCGUGCUGGGCAAUGCUGCAAUCUCCUGCUGCGAUGGCGCGGGGUGCUGGUCUGAGGCAGCCGCGCGGCUGCGCACGCUGCGCGAUGGGCAGGUAGAGGCCGACACUGUAUCCUUCAACGCUUUGGCGAGUGCGUGCCGGCUUGUGGGGGCCUGGCAGAUCUCACUGCACUUCUGCCCGUCCGGGACGCUCGCUGGGCCGGAUGCCGCUGCCUGCGGCGCUGCUGUGGCCUCCUGCGGGGCUUCCUCGCAAUGGCGCUCUGCGGCAGAGCUGCUCAGGAGUGCUCGAUCUCUCCGCGCACUCACCGGGAUCUUGCUCGUCUCCGGCCUCUCCGCGAGCGAAGCGGCAGGAAGGUGGGAGGAUGCCCUGCGACUUCUGCAGGCGUCCGCUCCGACAGCUUCCGAGCUCCUGCUGGCAGCCCGGAACGCUCUCAUCGGUGCCUGCAGCCGUGCAGGGCGCUGGCGGGUGGCACUUCACCACCUAAAGGAGGUGGCAUCCGAUAGAUUGGCGAGGGACUCGAUCUCGUACAAUGCAGCCAUCAGCGCCUGCGAGCAGGGACGUCAGUGGCAGCGGGCGCUGAUGCUCCUGGCGGCUUUGGAAGUUGAGCGCUUGCAGGCGACGCUGAUCUCCUACAACGCCGCCAUGAGCACAUGCGAGAAGGCAAAUGCCUGGAAGGAGGCCCUGCUGCUCCUAGAGCAGGCCAUGGCCAAGCGUCUCACUCCGGAUGCCUUCUCCGUCAGCGCCGUGGUCAGCGGAUGUGCCAAAGCCAAGGCGUGGAUCCGGGCGCUGGCCGUUUUCGCGGGCUUCCGACGGACACCCCAGGCUGGCUCACUGGUUGCCACCACCGCCGCCGUGGCCGCUUGCGCACAGAGCGCAAAGUGGGCUCACGCGCUUCAGCUGCUGUGCGACGGCAGCGCAGGCCGCGUGGAGCUUACGGGCAUGCUCUGCAACGCGGCGCUGUCCGGCUCGCAAGGGCCCCAAAACUGGCGAUCUGCCCUGGCCCUGGUCGAACGUCUGGCGAAGGUGUCGCUGCGCCCCGACGUCACGGCGCUAGCGGCUGCUGUGGAUGCGGCGGAGUGUGGCGGACGGAGUGCGCGGUGCGUGGAGCUGCUGGCUCACCUGGCAGAGCUCAGCCCGACAGCCGCAGCUUUCCUCCACGUUUAA